UCCCCCAGUACUGAAAUUAAGCAGCAUCCAACACAGGCCUACUCUUACGACAUGUGACUUUACUGUUUUCCGUUUCUGUUGAAAGAGUCAUUAGCAGUUAGGAGUUGAUGGCAGUUUCAAUAACAGGUCAUUGCCGAGAAAGGGAUAGCACUAUAAUAUGCAGAAAUCUACAAAUUCUGAUACUUCUUUGGAAACACUGAAUUCUACCCGCCAAGGCACAGGAGCUGUGCAAAUGAGAAUCAAAAAUGCCAACAGCCACCAUGACAGGCUCAGCCAAAGUAAAUCCAUGAUCCUCACCGAUGUUGGGAAGGUCACUGAACCUAUAUCCCGACACAGAAGGAAUCAUUCACAGCAUAUCUUGAAAGAUGUCAUUCCUCCAUUGGAACAGUUGAUGGUUGAAAAAGAAGGUUAUCUGCAAAAAGCUAAAAUUGCAGAUGGAGGAAAGAAACUAAGGAAAAACUGGUCUACUUCCUGGAUCGUUCUUUCUAGUCGAAAAAUUGAAUUUUACAAAGAAUCCAAGCAACAGGCUCUGUCCAAUAUGAAAACUGGGCACAAACCAGAAAGUGUGGAUUUGUGUGGAGCACACAUUGAAUGGGCCAAGGAAAAAUCGAGCAGAAAGAAUGUCUUUCAGAUCACAACAGUAUCAGGAAAUGAGUUCCUUCUACAGUCAGAUAUUGACUUCAUCAUAUUGGAUUGGUUCCACGCUAUCAAAAAUGCAAUUGACAGAUUGCCAAAGGAUUCAAGUUGUCCAUCAAGAAACCUGGAAUUAUUCAAAAUCCAAAGAUCCUCCAGCACUGAAUUGCUAAGUCACUACGACAGUGAUAUAAAAGAACAGAAACCAGAGCACAGAAAAUCUUUAAUGUUCAGACUGCAUCAUAGUGCUUCCGAUACAAGCGACAAAAAUCGAGUUAAAAGCAGAUUAAAGAAGUUUAUUACCCGAAGACCUUCCCUGAAAACUCUGCAAGAAAAAGGACUUAUUAAAGAUCAAAUUUUUGGCUCUCAUCUGCACAAAGUGUGUGAACGUGAAAAUUCCACAGUUCCGUGGUUUGUAAAGCAAUGCAUUGAAGCUGUUGAGAAAAGAGGUCUAGAUGUUGAUGGAAUAUAUCGAGUUAGUGGCAAUCUGGCAACAAUACAGAAGUUAAGAUUUAUUGUCAACCAAGAAGAGAAGCUGAAUUUGGACGACAGCCAGUGGGAGGACAUCCACGUUGUCACCGGAGCACUGAAGAUGUUUUUCCGGGAGCUGCCUGAGCCGCUCUUCCCUUACAGUUUCUUUGAGCGGUUUGUGGAAGCGAUCAAAAAGCAAGACAACAACACAAGAAUUGAAGCCGUAAAGUCUCUUGUACAAAAACUCCCUCCGCCAAAUCGUGACACCAUGAAAGUCCUCUUUGGACAUCUAACUAAGAUAGUGGCCAAAGCCUCCAAGAACCUCAUGUCCACACAAAGCUUAGGGAUUGUAUUUGGACCCACCCUCCUGCGAGCUGAAAAUGAAACAGGAAACAUGGCGAUCCACAUGGUCUACCAGAACCAGAUAGCUGAGCUCAUGCUGAGCGAGUACAGUAAGAUCUUCAGCUCGGAGGAAGACUGACAGACAAGACAAGCUACUGAAUACGUUCACAUCUGUCUUGAUGCCUAAUAUUUUUACAUUUCUGUAAACAUAUUUCUGAAAUAUUUUUUGCCUUUCAAGCGACAGAUGCCUCAUUUUGUGAAAACUUAAUGAUGAUUUUGUGUUUAAGCUCCAAACAUUUGAAUAAAAUAAUUGACAAUA